AUGAGCGAUAAGCCGUUGCCAUCGUCGUUUGACGACGACCCAGACUUUUUCCAGGACAAUGCCUGGAAGAAGCUGGGCCGCCGACUAAAAGAAGAGCCACUGGUUCCUCUGGGUGAGUCUUCUCUUUCCUUCGCUCUCCUUUACAUGGAUUAUGCGGAAAGUAUUCUUUAUGGAAUCGGUGCCACCUGCUAUGCUCUGUUCCGGGCAUAUCGGUCUAUGAAGAUGGGCGAUUCCGUACAAGUCAAUCGCAUGUUCCGCGCCCGUAUAUAUGCACAAGCAUUCACUCUACUCGCCGUAUGCGCCGGCAGUGUGUACUACAAGACAGAACGGGACCAGCGAAAACAGCUGGAAAAGGCCAUGGACCUGAAGAAACAACAGGCCAAGCGGGAUGCCUGGCUGAAAGAACUAGAAAUAAGGGAGCAAGAGGACAAGGAUUGGCAGAGCAGACAUGCUACUAUCGAACAAGCCGCAAAGGGGGUUGAAGUGAAACCCUUCGUGGCAGAUUCGGCACCGGACGCCGCAGGGGGCGACACCUCAGAGGAACCAGCCAAAGAAUCCGGCGACAAAAAGGGCGGCAGUUCAGGCGGUGUACUUUCAGCUGUGAAGAAUCUCUCAUGGGGCUCGAAGUAG